AUGCGCUCCAGCUGCCAGGGCGUGGCAGCUGCCCUGUGGGGCCUCAUGGACACAGGAAAUGUGACUGUCCUUUUCGGGAAUAUAUCAAGCACAAGUAGGCCUACCAGCCCCUCCCAGGAGAAAAUGAACUUGGCAGUUGGCAUUUUCAUCUUGGGGUCCUUACUGAUGGGGACCAUUUCCAACAGCCUCUUCCUCUGGGUGCUGGGGGUGAAGAUGAAGAGGACAGUGAAUACCCUCUGGUUCUCACAUCUGAUUUUCACCUACUUACUUUUCUGCACCUUCAUGCCGUUCUUUGGUGUCUACAGCCUCUUUGGAUUUCACUGGGUCUUUGGCACAGUGGUGUGCAAACUUAUCGUUUCUGUAUUUUCGCUGACAAUGUUCACCACUGUCUUUCUCCUCACCAUCAUCAGCCUGGACCGUUACCUGCUCAUCUGUCAUCCUGUCUGGUCCCAGCACAAUCGCACAGUUCCCAAGGCACGGAGACUCAUUGCAGGAGUGUGGCUGUCUUCAUGCGCUCUCAGCGCUCCCUACCUGGCUUUCCAGGAGACGCGAGCAAUGGAGAUGGGCAGGACCAAGUGCGACAGCAAUUUUGCCUUCUCCAGUGAUUGGGAUGGGCCUGAGAUGCAGGUCUUGAGGACUCGGGUUUACCUAGCUCUCUUUGUGGUCCGGUUCCUGCUGGCCUUCUUGCUUCCCCUUCUGAUCAUUUCCAGCUGCCAUUGUAGAAUGGCCUGGGAAAUGAAGAAGAGAAGGCUGGCGAGGAAGAGAAAGCCGUUCCAGGUCCUGGUGGCAGCUGUGGCCUCCUUCUUCAUCUGCUGGCUUCCCUACCAUCUCUAUCACAGUUCAACAACCCAUUGGGAAUCAUUUAGAACAAUACAACUGGUGUUGCGGGUGACAAUGCUCCUCGGAGAGUGUUUCAACUUCUGUUUCACUCCCAUUCUCUAUGUGUUUGUUGGGGAGAAAUUCCAGCAGAUCUUCAAGACAUCCCUUCUGUCUCUGCUUCAGAGGAGCUUUUUGGAUAUUCCCAUCAUCCCUUUGGCCAAUGUCAGUGCCAAUGAGGAAGGCCAUCCACGCACUAGCAUUGUCAGCUUAGAGCUGACCUCUUGUGGAAACAAUCGACCAUCUUCCUAA